AACCGCCUGGCCCCUGAAGCGUUUGACUUUAUGACUUUCGAUGGGAGUUGUCAAAGGAAACAGGGCUGGGUUUACUCUCCCUUUUCACAGAGGGAGUAACUGAGGCAGGCCCAGAGAGAGGUGGCAGUUCCUUCCCAGCCUGGAAUCACCUGGAAUCUCCUCCCCUCUCUCCCCGAACACCCAAAGAGCUGUGCAGGGGAGAGCUGUCAUCAGCCCCUUUCUCAGCCGAGUGGCCGAAGAUGGUGGACUACCUGGCGAACACGGAGAUCAACAGCCAGCGCAUCGCCGCGGUGGAGAGCUGCUUCGGGGCGUCGGGGCAGCCGUUGGCACUGCCGGGGCGGGUGCUGCUGGGCGAGGGCGUGCUGACCAAGGAGUGCCGCAAGAAGGCCAAACCGCGCAUCUUCUUCCUCUUCAACGACAUCCUGGUGUACGGCAGCAUCGUGCUCAACAAGCGCAAGUACCGCAGCCAGCACAUCAUUCCGCUGGAGGAGGUGACGCUGGAGCCGCUGCCCGAGACCCUGCAGGCCAAGAACCGCUGGAUGAUCAAGACGGCCAAGAAGUCCUUCGUGGUGUCGGCCGCCUCGGCCACGGAGCGCCAGGAGUGGAUCAGCCACAUUGAGGAGUGCGUGCGGCGGCAGCUGCUGGCCACGGGCCUGCAGCCCAGCACGGAGCACGCGGCGCCCUGGAUCCCCGACAAGGCCACGGACAUCUGCAUGCGCUGCACGCAGACGCGCUUCUCGGCGCUCACGCGGCGGCACCACUGCCGCAAGUGCGGCUUCGUGGUCUGCGCCGAGUGCUCCCGCGAGCGCUUCCUGCUGCCGCGCCUCUCGCCCAAGCCCCUGCGCGUCUGCAGCCUCUGCUUCCGUGAGCUGGCCGCCCAGAAGCGGAAGGAGGAGGAGGAGGAGCAGGGCUCCCGGCCCCCCGGGCAGCCAGCCUACCUGGCCGGAGCCGUCUGCGGGGCGUCCAGCGGAGAAGAUGACGACUCGGACGAGGACAAGGAGGGCAGUGGGGACGGAGACUGGCCCAGCCGCGUGGAGUUCUACGCCUCCGGCGUCUCCUGGUCAUCCUUCCACAGCUGACGCCAGGUCUGCAGACCUGAGGGAGGGCUCCCCUAUGCGUUUUGGCAUCUAAGCAGAUGCCACUGCCCAGGCCCCUAAGAGGGCAGAGUUCCCGAAGCCACUUAGUGCCCUUAAGACUACUCCACGGCACCCAACCCAUGGGUGGCGGGCACAGAGGGAGUGGCUCCUUUUCCCUGAACCCUCAGUGCCUUUGUUUGGACAUGGGCGUCCUUCUAGUUCCACUCCAGGUAAUUUUUCAUUUAGCAAACCAAAAACACUUAGGCUUCUCGGCAACAAACGCCAUUUCUCAGCCCUAUGAGCCUUAGCUCCAGACGACCCCAGGCACCUUUAGGGACCAGAGAGAAGAUAGGACUGGAGUGAGGUCCCCUCCUCUCUGAAGCCUUGAACCACAGCACCUGGCCCUGCCCCCCUGCAGGGAAGACUGUGGGCCCUGAGAGACCUCGGGGAAACCAGCGCCUGCCUGCCCUCCUUUCAGGUCAGGUAUGUGGGCUCACUCAGAGCCAGGCAAGAGGCUGCCAUGCUGUGGGUGCCUGUGAGGCCCAGGGACUGCAGCCUGAGCUCCCCACAGUCCAGGGAAGCCUGCCAAGGCCACUGGCCCCAUCUCCCAUCUUUCCAGGUGUCUGAGGCCUCUCAGUCCUGUCCUCAUCCCUCCCUGUGCUGGGGAAAGCAGUAUUUUUCCAUUGGGACUCUUAAUUGCAAGCGACAGAAACCCUACCCAGACUGACUUAAUAAUAAAAAGAAAGUUUAUUGUCUC